CUGCGCUCCGCCGUCGGCUCGGGCUGAAAAGUUUCUCCAUGGUUCUUUGUGUCUCCCGAGCUGCCCCGGUCUCCCUGGGAGGAGGUGGCCAAGCAUCUAGAGGGCAGUUGGCUCUCUCAAGCUUCAGCCCCAGCCCUAGGGGCUAGCCCUGAACUCCACCCACCAGUUCGCCAUGAUCGCCACCGGUGGCCUACUGAGGAUAUCCGCCAGAAAGCAGGAUCCCCUUCGGCCCCCCAGCCAGGUUCCUAAGCGCAAGAGGAAAGCCAAAAAGAGGCGUAAGAACGACGUGGUGGUGGUGAAAGGCAAAUUAAAGCUGUGCUCCAUCUCGGGGCUUAUUGCCCUUUGCGGGAUUUUAGUGCUGUUGGUGGGUAUAGCCAUGGCCGUGGUGGGUUACUGGCCAAAGGCCAACGCAGCCAACAGAGGAGGCGGCAAGCAGCUACCGCCUGUGGAGGGUAGCCAUCGCUUUGGGACCACUGGCAACAACAGCAGUGGCAGCAAAAACCCAACCAAGAGCCACUCUGGGACCCCAGGGGGUGUCAACUCUAGUUCUGUGGGCGGGCCCAGGAGUUCGCCUCCUACUAGAUCUGCAGCCACAUCCUCUUCCUCCUCCUCCUCAUCAGUGGGCUUCUUCUUCCGAAUCGUCUCAGGCUACUUGCACUCAGACAAGCUCAAGGUCUUUGGGCCCCUCAUCAUGGGUAUCGGCAUCUUCCUCUUCAUUUGCGCCAACGCGGUGCUCCAUGAGAACAGGGACAAGAAGACCAAGAUCAUCAAUCUGCGGGACCUCUACUCGACCGUCAUCGACGUACACAGCCUCCGCGCCAAAGAUCUGGCGGCGGCAGCAGCUGCAGCCGCUGCAGCCGCAGCUUCCUCCUCCUCCACCGCCCCCUGCUCUGCUCCCCCUAGGGCAGCGCCGCUCAAUGGCUUUCUCAGCUACGUGCAAUCUCGGGGUCUGGAGCUGAAACCUGGUAGCUGCACGGGCUCUGCAGAUGCCUUCGGGGCCACUGCAAUGCUGACCAGAGGCUCAUGGCCCCACCCCGCCGGGCUGAGCGGAGGCGGCGGUGUGACUCGAGAUGCAGGCUCCCCGCCGGACCUGGUUUCAUCUCCGCGCUGUCCCCGGGAGCCCCCGAGCCUGGCCGAGGCAGUGUACAGUAUCUACCGUGAGCGCUCCAGCGGGGCUGGCCAUCGCCGGACCACAGUUGCCGCGAUAGCUUCGGCCACUGCCACUGUCACCGCGGCCGCCAGUGGCAGCAGUAGUCCGGCGCCCUGCAGCCCUACCGGGAGUUGGGGUCGCCAGAGCACCACCAGUUCCCUCGUGGGCUCCUCACUGAGCGCCUUUGCACUGAUGCCUUUGCAAGGGGACCGGGACAGAGAUGGGGACUCGGAGGGAGCAAGCUGCAGCUGGCACAGGCCGCCCGGGGAACGGGGAUCCCGGGAUCUCCCGAGGGAAGAACUGGACCUGAGCCUCACUGACCUCCGGGGAGCCGAAGGCGGGGCGCGCUGGGCGUCCGGUGAGCCUGAGGAGCCCGAGGGCUUGGCGACAGCAUGCACCGCCAGGGGGCAGGGCGGCCGCCUGCCCAGGACCGGUAGGUACGCGGCCUGGCGGCGCCGCAGCACCAGCGGGCUCCUGGACUACCGGGCUCAGCCGUCGCCGGAGCCCCCUCCCUCCCCGCACGCAGCGGACCUGGACUCCAGCCCUCGGGAUAGAGCCGCCACGCCCUCGCUCCCUCUGUGCCCCGAGGACACGCCCCUCGUCCGUCGGGACUCCCAGGGAUCUCAGUCGGAUGAGCAGUCCUGCAGCAAUAAGGGCUACACCCCCCUAAGGGAAGCCGACACCUCUGUGGAGUCGGUCGUGGACGUGGUGGCCCGGAAAAGGCUAGACUGUGCGGAUGCCACGGAUCCCGGUGCCGAGCCUAGCUCCCCGGAGCGUUCCAGUCCAGAGACAAGUAGGGCGGAGCAACCUCGGUUUGUGCAGAGGCAGUUUACAAACAAGGAGAAACUCUUUCUGAUUUCCAGGUCUCACACCCCAGGAGUAGAGGACCCGGAACUGGAAAACUCUUCUUCCACCUAGGGAGAGGGGGGCAGGGAAAGGAGAGUCCCACUGGAACCCCUACAUUAACCCCAAUCCAUUUCCUUGUGGACAGGUCCGAGGAAACCAUUCAAUAUCCAAAGAGCUGCAGGAUGUUAUCCUUGAAUUGCGUUCACAAGAUUCGUGUAGACAACAACUAAAAAAAAAAAAAAGUCGUCUUUUUAUGUCCGAUGGUGAUUGUAUGUUCCAUGAAAACCAGAUGUAUUAUAAGGUCACAAUUUAGUUCAUUAGAUAAAAUCUCUUUAAUUUUCCUAGGCUCAAAAUAAUAUAUUUUUGACAAUAACUCUGCACUUUACUCCAAUUUUUCUUUGGCCCUUCCCCCGACUUUCCCCGCCCCUCUAUUCUGCUGCUGACCUUGUCCAUAGCUGCUUGUGAAUAAAUGACAAGCUUUUUGAUUUCCCUCUUCUUGAAGAGCCUAGAAGAAUCGGUUCUCUUAGAACUGAUCUCUCUAGGUGAUGUCAAAGCCUAAAGCAUGAACUUGGAGAGAGGGUUCCCUUGCCUUACCUUGCUCCUGGCUACAGCUGUCCAAAGGACUCUAUUUUUCAAAAGGAUCUUUGCAUUUUGCUACCAGGGUAUGUGGCAGGCGCCAGCAACUAGACUGGACUGUUAAUUCCUUAACUCACAAUACCACUUCCACCAUGUGUUACUGAGUAUUAUUACACCUGUAUGGAAGGUAACAUUAGUAUUUAAAGUCUUUUUUUUUUUAAUAAAAAGUUUCCAAACAGUUAAACAUAACCUUGCCUCGUUUUACCUGGGAACUCAUGACUCCAGAGCACAGUCAACAGUGAACAAUGUCUCUCGUAAAUCCAAAGUAUUCGUCUGUUGAGGUGACUGUAGUCACCUUUUCCCCAAAUGUCAGAGGUGUGAGUGCAGGGAUCCAUUUCCAGUGUGUGAGUGGAAGACAGAGAAGUAUGUGGCCCUUGGGAGUUUAUCUUUUAAGUAGAAUGGAACCUCGAGUAAGUACUAUUUCCCUACAAUACUUGUAGUUAAUCUCCAGGUUCAUUUACAGGGGUGCCAGGUUUAGUACCCCCUCCCCAUCCACUCCUGUUUUUCUAUUUGAUCUGAGGUUCAGGCUCGUGGUCUUGCAUCUAUGGCUCGCAUAAGGCACAGCAGUGUUAUUGUAUUUCAGGAUUAGUUUACAUUGUCAAUUGUCAAGACCAGAAAACAAAAAAUUUACAGUUCCCUUCUGUCUUCCUCUGAGGGCGAUCUGAGACUGACUGUAGAAGACAGGAACACUGCUUUUCAAGAAAAGUGUCACUAGCUUGUGUUGCUCCUCACGAGUGACCAGUCAUGCUGCAGUAGGUGCGCGGUUUCACGAUAGAAGGAGCUCAUGGCAUUUGCUAGCUAGGAAGCUCCUAGUGCUGGAGAAAUAGGCCUCCACCAUCAGCUCUGUAGGAAAGAGUUAAAAGACCCAGCUCUAAGGGGAACAACUGCAGAGUAGGCAGAAGAGCAGCAGGCAGAGGGCAGCAGAGUUCCAGAAGACAGACUUAAUUUAACACAGGGGCUACUGUCUUAUUAUGACCAUUGUGAUGUACCUUCUGCCGGCUGCAGCAGUAGAUCAGGCAUCGCCCCAGGCUGCUGCAAUCUGGGGUAGGUAUUCAUCAUCUGCAGAACCACAGGCAAAUCUCUUAAUCCCCCUAGGCCUCUGGUGAAUGAUGUAAUCUCUGUGAUCCCCUUCAGCCCUAAAAGCUUAACUUAAAUUCAGAGUAUUGGAUUUAUCCUGGAUACAAUCUUCUAUUUGUACAUACAGCGUAGCAGAGAGUGAUAUAUUCCGUAAACUUCCACUGGUGUGACUUUCUGUAAUAAAGUUUAAGUGGCACCAGUCUUCCCUCGGACUGUACGCAUUCAGCUAAUGGCUCACUUGGAAUCUCUAGGUUAAUUUAUUGAACUUUUCUAUACAGCAAAAGUGAGUUUCUAAGGAAUAAGGGACAAACAAAAGCAAUAAAAGCCCCUGGUAACAUUGUGUUUCCAUUUUGCCUUUAGAGAGUGUGUCAUUGAAAAGUUAAGUCGGGCCCUGUUUCCAGACCUCAGGAAAUGCAACAUGAUGAUAUUUAACGAACUGUGAAGUUACUCUCCCAUAGCCUAACUAAAGAGGGAUGAAUAGAAACAAGUUUUUCCCCUGCCAAACCAGAAAAUUCAACCUAAACGACUGACUGGAGGUAUUGGUCUUUGUGGCUUAUUGGUAUUGAUCAGAAUAAAUAAACACUUUAGUCU